AUGGCUGCUGCUGUAUUUAACCAAAGCAUUGGGGCUUCUCAGUCCCUUGGGCAUUUUAAUACCUCCAGCCUGCAUCAAGAGUUUGGGAAAGGUUCAGUGAGAUUGAUUUCAAAGGCUUUUGAGGUUGAUGUUGGACUGUCAAAAAGAGGAUGCUAUAACUCCAGUCAGAGAAACCUUCGUAUAAUUCGAGCCUCGACUUCCCAGACUUCAUUGAUCGAUAUAGUUUCAUCCCCCUCACAUAACAAAUCCAAUGAUUCUCGGAAGAAAUCUGGUGAAGCAGCUCUGAUUUUGAUUAGGCAUGGCGAGUCAUUGUGGAACGAAAAGAACUUGUUCACAGGCUGUGUUGAUGUCCCUCUGACCAAGAAGGGUGUGGAAGAGGCAAUUGAAGCUGGCAAGAGAAUCAGCAACAUACCUAUCGACAUGAUCUAUACAUCUGCACUGAUUCGUGCACAGAUGACUGCCAUGCUUGCCAUGACACAGCACCGUCGUAAGAAGGUGCCAGUUAUAAUGCAUAAUGAGAGUGAACAAGCUACGGCAUGGAGUCAGAUUUUUAGUGAAGACACAAAAAAGCAUUCCAUUCCUGUUGUAGCAGAUUGGCGGUUGAAUGAAAGAAUGUAUGGGGAAUUACAGGGUCUCAAUAAACAGGAAACAGCAGAUAGAUAUGGGAAGGAACAAGUUCAUGAGUGGCGUCGGAGUUAUGACGUACCCCCUCCUAAUGGCGAGAGUUUGGAAAUGUGUGCUCAAAGAGCUGUUGCUUAUUUCAAAGAUCAAAUUGAACCCCAACUUUUAGCUGGAAAGAAUGUGAUGAUUGCUGCCCAUGGGAAUUCAUUGAGAUCCAUAAUAAUGUAUCUUGACAAACUAACUUCUCAAGAGGUUAUUAGUUUAGAACUAUCAACUGGAAUACCCAUGCUUUACAUUUCCAAAGAGGGAAAAUUCAUUAGGAGGGGAAGUCCUGCUGGACCUGCUGAGGCUGGGGUUUAUGCCUACACCAAGAAAUUGGCUCUUUACAGGCAGAAGUUAGAUGAGAUGGUUCAUUAG